AUGGAAAAAAGAAAACGAAUCUUACACUCUGCAUUACAAGGCAAUGCAUUGGAUGCCAUCACUUUGACAGAACAGAUCUCACCUGACCUUCUUGAAAACAACAAAGACCUGUUUUUUGACCUUUUGAGUCUUCACUUUGUUGAACUUAUAUGCUCAAAAAAAUGCACAGAAGCUCUUGAAUUCGCUCAAGCCAAAUUGACCCCUUUUGGGAAAGUGUCAAAAUAUGUUCAGAAGCUUGAAGAUUUUAUGGCUCUAUUAGCUUAUGAAGAACCUGAAAAAUCACCAAUGUUUCAUCUUCUUAGCUUUGAGUAUCGACAACAUGUUGCAGACAGCUUGAACCGAGCAAUUCUUGCACAUGGAAAGCUGCCAAGUUAUUCAGAACUAGAAAGGCUAAUACAACAGGCAACUGUAGUUAGACAAUGCUUGAGUGAAGAGCUUGGAAAGGAUGUACAGUCAGCAUUCUCUUUAAAGGAAUUUGUGAAAAGCUAGAUGGAGAUAUAAAAUUUAUAUUUGUUUCAUCAAGAUGAAUUACAAAGCUGUUUUUCAGUUUGAUGUGUGCCACGGUUUGGAAUGUUGUAGUAGUUGAGAAUGGAGACUUGAGAUGAUGACCUCCCUUAAGGCUUUUAAGCACCCAGGGCAACUUAUGUAUAAAACGGUGUAGUUUUGGUGUUGUAUUUGGGAUUGAAACUUUGAAUACUCUCUCUCUCUUUCUCAUAAAUACUUGGAAGUUGUGACAAGGGUUGGUUUCUCAAAUGUAAAGAUCCAUUUGUAAGAAAGUGCAUGUAUUUGGGGUUUUUAAUGUGGAUCAUGUUUCAUUCUUUUUUGUUGGUG